AGUUUGCAGCGACCUGCGGCUGCUUAUUAUGAUUGUCUACGCUAAUGAAAAGCCGCCGUUCGCGUCACGCUAACGGGCUGAUUAUGCCAAGAUAAAGCUCCCGUUCUGUCCCCACGAUGGUCUGCGGCGGUUCCUGCUCGGAGGACUUCACGGACACAGUGAUGCCCACAGUUGCCCCGUGCACAUGCACCAAGAAGUGUCGGAGCAGGAGCAGCAGUGUCAUUUUCCUGGGAUUAUUCGUGCUGUCGCUGUCUCUGCACGCAGUCACACUCGUCUGCUACUUGGACCUCCGGUCCGAAAUGAAACGGGAAAUUACCCACCAGAAACGGGACUCUGUGUUGACACUUGACCCGGCUGACCCGGCGGUGUUAACCCCCGGACAGCCGCGAGUGGACUCCGGCAGCCGUGGACAGGGUCAUGAGGAUAGGUUAUUUCAUAGACCUGGUGACUUGCAAGCCACAGAGGAUAACAGGGGGAUAACUCAGCGGGCGAAAAGGAGUCCCAGAGAAAAGCAGCCAGACUCGGAAUUAACCGGAAAAGAAAAAAGGAAAGAGAAGAAAAAAGGGAGAAAAAGGUCUCCAGGCCUUCCAGGACCUCCUGGUCCCCCAGGUCCACAGGGACCACCGGGAAUCCCAGGGAUCCCUGGCAUUCCAGGAAGCAAUGCGGUAGGCCCAGCAGGGCCUCCCGGACCACCUGGGCCACAAGGACCGCCGGGCGCUCAAGGUCCAGCAGGUACACUAAGAGUUCCAGAAAAAACAAAAACAAAGGAUUUCCAGCCAGCAGUGGUUCAUUUGCAGGGGCAGGAAACAACUAUCCAAGUGAGAGAAGAUCUGUCUGAAGGUAUCCUGAGGAACUGGAAGAUGGUGUCCAUCCAUCACCGUGUCUUUAAAAUGCACUCUCGCUCUGGAGAGCUGGAGGUGCUGCUGGACGGUGUCUACUUCAUAUAUAGUCAGGUAGAAGUAUACUACCUCAACUUCACCGAUAUUGCCAGCUAUGAGGUGAUGGUGGACUCCCACCCAUUCCUGCGCUGCACCUGCAGCAUAGAGACGGGCCAGCGCAAAUUCAACACCUGCUACACAGCUGGCGUGAGCCUGCUACGAGCCGGCCAAAGGAUCUCCAUACGUAUCGUCUAUGAAGACACACUCAUCAGUAUGACCAACCACACCACCUUCCUCGGCAGCGUCAGACUCGGAGAGGCUCCAUCUGCUGGACAGAAUUGAUAACUGCACCACUAACAGCCCUCUUGCCUUGUGCUGAAUGGACGUUGCUGACAAACUAAUCCUGCCAGUUUAUUAAGUCAAUUAGAUGUGUGUUGAACGGCCUUUUUA